AUGCUAAGACUAUUGGUGACUAGAAACAACCUUAUGGGUAGGGGAGGCGCAUUUGCACAUGUCUCCACCAGAUCGGCAACCACAAUCACCUCCCCGAACGAUAAGAAGCUCAUCAAUUUGCUUGCUAGAUUGGACAAAUUUGAAAAUGAAUCCCAGAUCUUUGAUAAGUUGGACGAGCUCUAUCUAUUGAGUGAACGGAAGGGGUUCUUCAACUUGAACUCAAACAAUUUGGAAUUUCUAUCUAAUAACAACAAAAUAACAAACAAAAUGACCAAUUUGUACAACUUCAACGAUUUGAACCAGUUGGUCCAUUCACAGUUUCUAAAUCCUCUAAUGGUGAACCAGAUGCCAGUUGUUGCUCCUAACAAUAUCAACGAAUUGAGAAAUUCCCUAAAGUUAAAGCCUCAGCCCCGUGCUGGUACAAAUGCAUCUUUAAAGACAAACUUAUUUCAAUCGAACCAAUAUUCCUUCAAACCUAACGUUGCCUCCAUAGCCAAUGCCAUUCCUGGCUUGAAUGCCUUCUCCUCGCCGAUGAGCACAGGUGGAUCCAAUAAACCAGUGGAUAGUUACAUCAAUUUACUCCAAGGUUUGGCCAAAAACGAUGUUGAAUUGAAACAAAAGAUUGAACAAAUUCUUGAAGCAUUUGAUAAAGAAGACGAUUACUUUUUCAAUUACGUUUUGGAGUUCUGGAUUAGCGGAAAAUCCUUCAAUAAAAUAAAGGCCCAAAAGAUGCAACAAAAAGUUGGAGAUGGCCAACUACCUUCCAAUUUAACCAUGUCUUAA